AUGAACCAAAGUCCCGUUCUUAUUUUCUGCAUUAUCCUUCUGACUCUGAAUGGCACUAAAGGAGUGCCUCUCUCUAGAACUAUACGCUGUACCUGUAUCAACAUUAUUAAUCAACCUGUUAAUUUAAGGUCCUUAGAAAAACUUGAAAUUAUUUCUGCGAGUCAAUCUUGUCCACGUGUUGAGAUCAUUGCCACAAUGAAAAAGAACGGAGAAAAGAGAUGUCUGAACCCAGAAUCUAAGGCCAUCAAGAAUUUACUGAAAGCAGUUAGCAAGCAAAGGUCUAACAGAUCUCUUUGAAACCAGAGAGAAGUCAAGUCACUGCAGUGCUGAUAAGGAUGGACCACAGAGAGGCUGCCUCUCCCAUCACUUCCCUACAUAGGGUAUACAUUAAACCCUAAUUGUCCCUGGUUUGCAGUUCUCCUAAAAGGUAGCCAACCACAGUCAUCAAAUUAGCUGCUCCUACUCCUGCAGGAAGGUAGAUGGUUCAUCAUCCUAAGCUGCUCAGUAGUAACUCUGCCCUGGUACCAUAAUAUAAGCUAUCUUGAGGUGCUACAUUCUUACUGAAUGUGCUAACUCCUUGACCUGCUAUUGAUACUUUCCUCACCUUUCCUGUCUUCUAAAGGUUUAACUUUCUGCUUCUGGAUUUAUCAGAGUUCUCAUUAUCUCAAAUAACUAAAAGGUACACAAUCAAAGUGAUAAUACAAUUUUGCUUUUUAAAGAACAAUCUGUAACUUCAUGGGCUUCUACUGCCAUCCUCCCAAGGGGCCCAUAUUCCUUCAGUGGUUAUACACAUAUAAUUCCAAAUACAGAAAGCUUGAAAUGUAUAUGUAAAUAUUAUUAUUUAAUGAAAGACUGUACAAAGUAAUAGAAUUCUUAGAUGUAUAUAUUUCUUACAAUGUUUUCAGUGCAUAUGGAAUAACUUGUAUAAUUAAGUAGUACAUAUCAAGGAGUGAUUGGAGAAAUUUUUAAAUCUAGAUAUAUGCUCUGCAUGUAUGUAAGACAAAUGUGCUGGAUGGUUUUCAAAAUAAAAAUGAUGUGCUCUCCUGCAAAUAUUAAGGAAGAUUAUCUAACUGUUCAGAGACCAUAAAAGUAAUAAAGUAAUUAUAACUAA